AUGACAAUACAAACUCAUUUAGAUAUAAAUUCUAAAAUGCAUAGAAGAAAGCAAAUUACGCCUAAACGAACUGAAAAUACUGACCAUACUGAGCAGUAUCAAACAUUGGAAACCUGUGAAUUUUCAAAUUAUUUAACUCCUGACAUAUCUACUGGAAGUAUAGCAAACCCACCAUUAGUGUUGAUAACAUCAACUUCAAGGAUGAUCAAUACUUCAGAUUGUUCCUCUACUUCAUGUUCAGUAUUGUCAUCCUUAUCAUCCUCUUCGACAUCUUCAUCAUCAUGUGAACCUGAUUCAAAAAAAUUAAAGAUUUCUAUAGAGCAUAAAUCAUCGUUCAAAAGUGGAAGAAUACUGUCUAAACAGUUGACAAUGAAUAAAAUGGGGUUAUACCCCGAUGCUUCAACAGAAACAUUAAAAGUGAAUCAACAUGUAAAACAAUGUCAACAAAAUAUCGCGUUAACUAAUUAUUCCAUUCAACCGAAAUUGGAUAAACAUGAAAAUAGUGAUUCAAUGCAGCAACAACAUUCAACUAUGGAAACUGAUACAUCUACACGUAAUACACCAAUAUGUAGUCAAUGUGGUAAACAAUUUGCUAAUAUUUAUCGUUUACACAGACAUUUACUUAGUCACACUGAAAGUUAUGAAUUACGCAAAUUCCGUUGUUCUCAGUGCACAAAAGCAUUUAAAUUUAAGCAUCAUUUAAAAGAACAUGAAAGAAUUCAUAGUGGUGAAAAACCAUUUAUGUGUUCACAAUGUGGUAAACGUUUUAGUCAUUCCGGUUCAUAUUCAAGUCAUAUGUCAAGCAAAAAAUGUAAUAUCAGUGGUAACAUUAAUAAUGAAACUAACACAACAACUACACAUACUCCUAAUGUCAGUAUUUAUCAUAACAAAAAUAGUAACGAUGUUGGUCAAAUGUUUGCGACUAAUGAUACGCCUAUGAAUCAAUCGUCUUUUAAUAAAAUAAACCAACUCACAUCAUCUUUUGAAUUACACAAAAGCAAGGUAAAUGUAUUAAAUAGAGAACAUGACAUUAAAAAUAAUAUUCAUAUCAGUGAAGACACUGAACUCAGCUCUGUUUCAAGUAUAUUAGAAUCUGUCAAUCAAGUUAAUAAUGCAGAUUAUUUUUUAAAAUUUAAUCAUUUUAAACUAGAUAACUAUUUGCCAGCUAAUUCAUCCAACCAGUUUAAUUCACAUUUGAAAAGUGAUGAAAUUAGUGAGCAUGUUCACAGUACUACUACUAGUAGUAGUAUUAUUUCCACUUUAACUACCAUUGCUAAUGAUAGUAAUUUGCAUCAUGCGGAUGAACAACCUGACGAAUUAUUAAGUAAUCAGUAUGAUUCGAAAAAUUUGUCUAAAUCAGAGUUAGAAAUACAAAAUUUAGCAAUUAUGCUUGGAAUGAAACCAGAAAAUGCGAAACAGUUGUUUCAACAUUUGUAUACAACUGAACAACAAUGUUUGGAACAGAAAAAACAAUUUGUCAAUGCCUACAAUACACAAUAUUCGCACUAUUAUCCACUACAACAUGCAAAGAUAACCACAUCUUCACCAGUGAUCUCAGCAGUAAAUAAUCAUGAAUUAGUUAUUCGUCAACCAAAGUCAUUCAGUGAUAACAGUUUUACCAAGUAUGAAAGUUAUAAAUUGGAUAAUUAUGCUUCGAACUCAUUAUCAUCCUCUGCCUUUUUCUCUACCUUACCAUCUUUCUCACCAUUAUCAUCAUCACCAUCAAUAUCCUAUCUUGGUGUUUCUUCAUCUUCUUCAUUAUCGUCCAUACCAACAACAAAUAUGACAAGUUUAUCAUCGACAGUGUGCUCAUCUGAUUAUUCACAACAGGAUCCAUCGAUGGUAUUCUGUCAACUAUCUCCAGAUAUCAUGAAACAUAUAAUUUCUAAUUUACACAGAAAUAAUGUAUUGAAUUACUCAACUCCACUAUCAUCCUUUACUCAUAAACAACAGGAUUUCAAUUCACGCAUCAUGGAAACACUGCAAUCCCCACCGUCAUCACCACCAGCACAAUCAUCACCGUUGGAAAUCAUGAUGACAGCGACGACGACGAAAACUGCACAACCAAGUACAUUUGUACAGCAGGAGAAAGAAACGAUUUCGGAAUGUCGAAGUGAAAAGCUUCAUGAAGAUCAAGAAAAGGCUUUAGAUUUGUCAUUGCCUCGAAUAAAACCUGAUGAUAUGCCAUUAAGUAUAGACAGUCAACAGUUUAACUUUUCAAAUUCUUAUCAACCGGACAUUCAUAAAUCCCCUAACCUAAUGUGGUCAACAUCAUCAACAAUGACAUUUAUGGAAGCGGCUACUGCAGCGGUUGCAGCUGUUUCCUUUUUAUCGCGAACAUCGAAUGAAAUGAAUUAUUCAAAUCAAAAUUUAGAACAUUUAAAUGAUAUUUCAAUAAAGGAUCUAUCACAGUCAUCUAGGUUGAUAUCACUUAACAAUUCUUCAUGGGCAUAUGAACUUAACAGAAAUUGUAUUCAUAAUAUUAGCGAUAGCAGUAACGAUUGCAAAACUGUAAGAAAUAAUUAUUAUAAUACAAAUGAGUUUGACUAUUCUACUUAUGUAAAGACCACAAUGGAUAAGAGAAGUGUUGUAAACGAAUUAAGAGAUGCUGAAAAUUCGUUCACUCAAAUCAAUGAACUACAAGAUACCGGUGAUCGUAUUCAAUCUGAUAAAAAGAUUAAUGGGCAUAUCAAUGAUAAUAAUUAUUAUAAUCAUUUAUAUCAUCUCAGUGUUUGUGAAAAAUUGGUGAAAUGUGGAAAAAGUAACAAUAGUCUUAAUGAUAGUAUCAAUGGUAGCAUUAGUAGUUGUAGUGAUGGCGUCAAUAACACGGAAGUAUUUGCUUGUGAUCAGUGUCAAAAAGUAUUCUCUAAACAUAGUUCAUUAUCCAGGCACAAAUAUGAACAUACUGGUCUUCGGCCAUUCAUUUGUCGUAUAUGUUCAAAAGCUUUCAAGCAUAAACACCAUCUAACAGAACAUAAACGUUUGCAUACUGGUGAAAAACCAUUUGAAUGCCAAAAAUGCGGCAAACGUUUUAGUCAUUCCGGAUCAUAUUCUCAACAUAUCAAUCAUCGAUAUAAAUAUUGUCAAUCAUAA